UUGGGUUUCUGCUACUUUUGAAAGCUCCGACGGCGGCACUUUCUUCUUUCCAUUUCACGACUCGCGAUCCUCGCAGCUUUCAUUUUCGAUACGAUCGAUCUACGAAAGCUGCCAGAGACUGAACCGGUUCAGCUUUAACGGUUACAUUUGCGGUUACUUAAUCCCAUCGGAUCCGAUCGCAUCGCCUCGCAUCGCAUCCCCGGCCAGGUCAGCUUUCAUGUAAUCGCCGCCAAUCCUGAAUAUCAGUUAGCAUGAGAUCGCUGCGCUUGGGCCUGGAUUUCGUCAUGCUGGCAUUGCUGCUGCGCCAGGUGUUGGCAACUAUACGACAAUCGCGCGAAAUUAUUAUAACAGAUGCGGUGCGUCGCAUACAACACGAUGGCUACAAUGUGGAGCGACACACGGUGAUCACCAAGGAUGGCUAUGUGCUGCAAUUGCAUCGCAUUCCCCAGGUGCAACUCAAUGAGAAUGGCACACUGCACUCCGUGUUGCGACGACCUGUUGUCUUCCUGCUCUCCGGCCUCUAUGCCUCAUCGGAUGUCUGGCUGCUCAAUGGAAGAGAGGAUUCGUUGGCCUAUCUGCUGUGGCGUGCUGGCUACGAUGUGUGGCUGGGCAACAAUCGUGGCAACAUCUAUUGCCGCCACAAUCUGUGGCUCAACACCACCGAACGUGAGUUCUGGAACUUUAGUUGGCACGAGAUGAGCGUCUACGAUAUGCCAGCCCAGAUAGAUUAUGUGCUACGCACCAGCGGCGUAGCUCGCAUGCAUUUCGUGGGCAUCUCGCAGGGUGGCACCGUCUUCCUGGUGCUCAACUCGAUGUUGCCACAGUACAAUGCGGUCUUCAAGACGGCAACACUCUUGGCCCCGGUGGCGUAUGUGAGUAAUACGCAUAGCGGGCUGGCCAAGAUCAUUGGACCCGUGUUGGGCACUCGCAACUAUGUGUCCAAGAUGCUCGAGGGCAUUGAGAUGUUCUCCACCAAUAAGUUCUUCAAGAAGUUUCUCUCGAUGACGUGCCUGGAUCACGAGAAGCCUUUGGUCUGCAUCACACGUCUUUGGCCCGCCGUGGGUUAUGAUACGAGAUUCUUGAACAAAACCUUGCUGCCCGAUUUGAUGGCCAAUUUUCCGGCUGGCGGUUCUGUGAAGCAACUGAUGCACUACUUUCAGGGCUAUGUGUCCACCAAAUUUCGACAAUACGAUUACGGACCGGAGCGCAAUUGGCUGCACUAUCAGCAACUGGAGCCGCCGGAAUAUGCGCUGGAGAACGUAAGCACGCCGGUGACGAUAUUCUUUGCGGAAAACGAUUAUAUUGUGGCUCCGGCGGACAUUUGGAAGCUGGUGACACGGCUGCGCAAUGUGGAGGCCGUCUACAAGGUGCCGUGGAAGCGUUGGAAUCACUUUGACUUCAUCUGCGGCUUGGGCGUCCGGGAGUAUAUCUUUGACAACAUCGUUGUCUCCAUGAAUCGCUUCGAGCAGCGGCGACGUCGCUGAUCGAGUGCGGGGAAGGGAAUUAUAAGAUUGGAGGAACUUUACUGCCAGGGAGCUAGAAUCACAACUUCUACUAGUGCCAAAAACUUAGUUAUAUUAAACCGUAUAUGUCAUAAUGAGUCCACUGUUGGUGCUGUUCAAAUUUAUCAACUUUGCGACUCGCGUACUGAUUAAUAAAUAUUUAAUUUAUAGUUUCAUGUUGAACGUUCAAUAAUUAAAUUUAAUAACUUAUAAUAACUAUGAUUUU